AUGCAUGUUGGUGAAGUGAGUAAAUGCAGAAAAAUGUUUGUGUAUCAUUCACAGGAAGAGAAUGGAUCUGUCAGCUUAACAUUCAAUGUAACCAUAGAUGCUGUGACUUAUGAAGAAAGUAACUUUUUUAUAAAGAAGAUCUUCACCAACUAUGGCAAUGAUCAGGGCCUUACCCCAACAGAGCUGGAAAACUUGGUGCACAAACUUGGACUUGGAAAGUCCAGUGGUAAGUUUUUAACUAAGUUAUCAUCCAUUUCACUUUACAUUGGGGAUUGCCAUACAUGCUCUGUCCUCAAUGAUUUUUCUCCUCUUGCUGUGAUCAUUUUCUCCUCUCCUCUUGCUGUGAUUUUCUCCCCUCCUCUUGCUGUGAUUGUUUUCUCCUCUCUUCCUGCUGUGAUUGUUUUAUCCUCUCCUCUUGCUGUGAUUUUCUCCUCUCCUCUUGCUUGUCUUACUGUGAAUGAGCUGUUGGAAGCAUUCCAUCUAGCCAAGUACGUCAGCCUGACACCGCAACAGUUCUCAUUCCUUUGUCCAGCACUGGUCUACCAGCUGGAUUUAGAUGUUUGCAGAUCUCACCGUGGGGACAUUAAUCAUCUUCCUAACAGUUCGGGAGACAGCCAGCCUGUGUGGGGAUACAGUACAGCAGCAGUGAUAGUCAUCAGUCUGGUGGGGCUGCUGGGAGUUGCUGUCAUCCCCAUCAUGCAGAAGGUCUUCUACAAUCAUCUGCUGCAGUUCUUGGUGGCUCUGGCUGUGGGAGCUUUGUCUGGAGAUGCUCUGUUGCAUUUGUUGCCACAUUCCAUAAUGUCAUCGUCUGAGCACAAACACGAGCCUGGAGCCCUGGCAGAAGAGGAGCACAAUCACACAGCUGCUGCCUGGAAAGGUCUGUUUGCCCUGGCUGGCAUUCUCUUCUUCUUCGUGACUGAGCGGCUGUUGACUAUCAUCACUGUCAUCAAGCGAAACAGGAACACAAAGAAACAAACCAAGUCAAAGAGAUGUGAAAACUUUUGUGACAUUGAGUCAAAUAAGAAAUCUGUUGGGGCCAGGCUGAGCCACAAGGAGAAUGGGGAGGAUGAGUGCGACAGAACGGUGAUGUUGGUACAUCCUAAUAAAGCAUUGAAAAGCUAUGCGGAUGCAGCCCAUGAAGAAUUCAUGCACCAGUGUAGUGAGGAUUUCAACAGUGUGAAAUCAGAGGAUGCCAAGAACCCAGGGGCAGCGGGAGAUGCCGAGGUGGAACUGAUGGAGACAUCCCUUGUUGAUAGCACCAUUGGUUUCAGCCAUUCCCACGGCUCACAUGGUCAUGCUCAUGCUGUGCCCAAUUCUGUAGCGGCUGUUGCAUGGAUGGUUAUUCUAGGUGAUGGUAUCCACAAUUUUAGUGAUGGGUUGGCUAUUGGGGCUGCCUUUGCCAACAGUAUCACUGGUGGAUUCAGCACGUCUGUUGCCGUAUUCUGCCAUGAGUUACCACAUGAAAUUGGAGACUUUGCUGUGUUGUUGAGAGCUGGGAUGCCAGCGAAGCAGGCUGUUCUCUACAAUUGUUUGUCGUCAUUACUGUGUUUCGUUGGUAUGUUAAUUGGUGUUGCUGUGGGCAAUAUAUCAUCUGCUUCACUGUGGAUCUUUGCUGCUGUGGGGGGCAUGUUUUUAUACAUUGCUCUUGUGGAUAUGUUGCCGGAGAUGAGUUCUGUUGAUCCCAAAAAAGGCGAGAACCCCUUCCUUCAUUUGUUGCUGCAAGUGCUUGGGAUCCUGCUGGGCAGUGGCAUCAUGUUGGUCAUUGCUCUGUUUGAACAUGAUAUCAAGCAAGCUUUGGGAUAA